AUGGAUGAUGACUUCAAGCAGCGGACGCCUGAAAAGUGGAGAUCUCAGAUGGCGGAGGGUUGCUCGCUGGGCGUCGGACUGAAGCACGAUGGCGGGGAGACUGAUGUUGCUGGAAUCAACCGUGGAAGUUAUUACGGAUAUCAUCGUCAUUAUCAUCUCCUCAAACUGUAUCUCCCAACUGCCAAGAAACUUGCGGAGACGUCGCCGUGCCUUACCCGAGACGGUUGCUACUUGAACGAGUACUUCUCCAUCCACUGCAACGUCACCGCCGCCUCCACCCCCAAGCCCUACUUAUGGAAUAGCACAGCCAACAUUGAAGUCCUCGACAUAUCGCUUGACGGCGAGCUCCGCAUGUACACCUCCAUCAGCACAGACUGCUACAAUGAGGCCGGUGUACAGCAACAGUCGCGCACAGCCUACGCCAUCCUCCUUGCAUUCGCUUUCUCCAACACCAAGAACAAGUUCACGGCCAUCGGGUGCAACACAGUCGCCGUGAUCGCGGGAUCCAAUGGGCAGGGAUUCUCAAGCGGCUGCCUCUCGGUGUGUGCUGGGAUCGACGACGUGACUGACGAGGAGUGCGAUGGGAUCGGGUGUUGCCAGACCCCGAUACCCGAGAUGCUCCUCAACUACAACGCCAGCGUGAGCAGCUUGAACAACCACAGCAAUGUGUGGAGCUUCAAUCCUUGCAGUUAUGCAUUCAUAGUCGAAGACAAGUCCUUCAAUUUCAGUAGGGAGGAUCUCAAUGGCAUGAGGAACAGGACGAUGGUCCCCUCGGUGCUCGACUGGGCCGUGUGGAAUCAGACUUGCAACGAGGCAGCGAAGGACCCGGCAAGGUUCGCUUGUAAGGCGCACAGCGAGUGCUUUGAUUUUGCCGACAUCGGUUACCGAUGUAAUUGCUCUUCUGGGUAUGAGGGGAAUCCAUACCUUGGUUGUGAAGAUAUUAAUGAGCUGAUCCAAAGAAGAACCCGUGUGACGGAAUUUGCCAUAACACCAAGGGAAGUUAUACAUGCUCAUGCCCAAAGGGUUACCAUGCUAUUCCCGUUGACUUUUUGGGACACAGGGGCAGGCACGGGUACCGGAACCAUAGUGUUGCUUUUGCUUUGUUGGUGGUUGAACAAAUACAUCAAAAGAAGGCGCAAGGCAAAACGCAAGCGAAAAUUCUUCGAACGUAAUGGCGGAUUUCUGUUGCAAAAACGUCUAUCUUCUAUUGAAGACAAUCAUGUGGACAAAGGCAAGUUAUUCGCCUAAAUAUAGUUAGACAUGGCUACGGAUCAUUUCCAUGAGAAUCGAAUAAGGGGUCAAGGUGGUCAAGGAACUGUUUACAAGGGAAUGUUCAUAGACGGAACAAUCAUUGCGGUGAAGAAAUCCAAUAUUAUUGAUGCAAGACAAGUCGAACAGUUCGUCAGUGAAAUUGUUAUUCUCUCUAAAUACAAUCACGGAAAUAUGGUCAAGCUAUUAGGAUUUUUUGAGAGUGAAGUCCCUCUUUUGGUAUAUGAAUUUGUCCCUAAUGGAACUCUCUACCGCUAUCUUCAUGACCCAGACAAAGAAUUUCCCGUCUCGUGGGAAAUGAGAUUAAGAAUUGCCAGUGAAGUUGCCGGGGCUCUUUCAUAGUUGCACUCUGAUGCGGCCGUACCGAUUUAUCAUCGUGAUAUCAAGUCAUCAAAUAUACUUUUGGGUGAAAAAUAUAGAGCCAAAGUGGCAGAUUUUGGAGCUUCCAAAUUGAUUUCCAUAGACCAAACACACUUGACCACAAUGGUGCGAGGAACCUUCGGAUACUUGGACCCUGAGUACUACCAAACAAGUCAAUUUACCCACAAGAGUGAUGUCUAUAGCUUUGGGGUUGUCCUUGUUGAGCUACUAACCGGAGAAAAGCCAAUUUCUCAACUAAGGGCAGAAGAGGACAUAAAUCUAGCCUCGUACUUCAUCAUUUCGAUGCAGAAGAAUCGCUUGUUCGAUGUUCUUGACAAGGAGGUAUUAGACCAUGGUGAGAACAAAGAAAUUAUUGCGGUGUCCAACUUGGCGAAAAGAUGUUUAGAACUUCAUGGAAGGUACAGGCCUACAAUGAAGGAAGUUGCGAUGGAAUUGGAGUGA